GCCGUACAUUCCAACAAGUUAAUCCCUAUAGAAGGCACGAAUAGUAAGAAGCGAAUUUUGACGGUGGAUUUUUCGCAGACUGGGUUCUCAGAGACCUUCAAUGGUGACGAUUUGUGGAAUAAUAAGUGCACGUUUUGAAGAUGGAUGUUUCGUGGGAAUCUCAAAGUAAAACCAAUUCUAAGAAUGAGCAGAAUAUCCAACUCGGAGAUGCCUUGGCUGAGGCUCGCAGGUGGAUUGAGAGAGUUACCGGGCGGAAGUUUCAUUGUGAAGAUUUCCGUAAAUCAAUGACGGACGGAAUUCUCCUGUGCAUGUUGAUGCAAAAGAUAAAACCCGGAUUGAUACCCAAAAUCAACAAAUCACGCUCAAUCUACGCUGGAGUGGACAAUCUCAAUGUGUUUCUUGGAGCCUGUGAGGAAAUAGGACUAAAAGCUGCACAACUCUUCCAUCCAGGAGACCUCCAGGAUUUAUCAAGCAGAGCAAGCUUGUCGAUACAGGAAAGGAAAAGAGAGGAGGAACGUAGACUUAAAAACGUCUGCAUAACAGUAUUCUGGUUGGGUCGUACUGCUAGCCAUCUGGACUCCUACACUGGACCUCAACUCAGCCUUGACGCAUUUGCACCUCUAGUUCAUGGCUCCUUCUCAUUAGUCAAGGGUUUAUCACCAGACAACGCCAGCAGCGGCGUAUCCUCGUGGGCAAGUGGUGGUAGCGGUAACAACCGCCAUUCGAGUCUCGGCUUCAACGACGACGUCUUCACCUCGGAUGGCAUCGACCUGACAUCCGUGGCCCCAGAGACGUACUCCGAACCCCAAUGGAAGAGAGACCUUAAGCAAGAAUUGAACAGUGCCGUACCAGGGUUGUCAACCUACACCCAUCAACCAAACAGUAAGCCCGUCUUGAGGAUGGAGAAAUCCAGAGGCAGACCGCCGCCCGUCGCGGCCAAACCUCUCCACACUCGGAGUAAGAGUAUGCCAGAGAGGGCAAACCUAGAGAGACAGAACUCUGUUGAGGACGACGACUCGCAGUCGUAUCGUAGCGGGUCGUCGGGUGACCCAAUGAGUCCGACGACCUAUGAUGAGUUUGUGAAGAGCAAAGGGAUGAUGCAGGAUGACCAGGAAGUCUGGAUGUCGAUGGCCGACGCUGCAACGUCCGUUACUUCUGUACAGAAGAGUCUGGAUUCCUGGAAGUCUCGUCGUCGGCGUGCUACUCACUCCGUCCUGGAGAGGAAGGCAUCCCGUGACGAGGUUGAACAGACAGAGCAUGAACGACAGAGGAGAAGAAGCAAGACGUACUCGGAGAUGAUGGAAGAAAAAGAGAAACGAGAGAAGAUCUUGAUGACGAUGGCCACCAAGAACAAGAGCCUUGACCCUGAAGACAUCGUCCACAUCCUCACCAAACCAGCGCUCUACGAGGAUGAAAUCAAAGACUUGCCUGAGCGCCGCCCCCGAUCAAACACCCUCCCCGGCAGUUACAAACAAGGGGAAUCCUCCUCAUUUGACUCAAAUAACCCCCCAAACGAUUCUGCUGACGCCCGUGGCUGGCAGAGUCGUCAACCCCCUCCCAGCGUAGCCCCCAAGCCCAAAGUGAGAAGGAAUGGUAGUGCCUUCGCUCCAUACCAGAGACCAGGCAGUCGUGACGAUGUCCAAGUGGUGUACCGAAACGGCAGCUCAAUGCUAAGGAACAGCUACAGCAGCGAAGUCUACGCUGUAGCACCCCCGAGCAACGUCGAGACCUUAACCUUCAAAGAGAAACUUCUCCGCGACAGAGAGCGAGAGAUCGGGAUGACAGCGGAGCAGCGCAACUCCAAAUCUUCUGCCCGGCUUCCCCAGAAGAAACGUCUGAGCAUGGGGAUCUUGGGGCGGGUGGCCGCUUUCAACAAGGGGGAGUCGGCAUUUGAGCACGAGACCAAACCUAAAACCCCAGCACCCAAAGAAGAGAUACGGGUGCCAGAACACAGUGAGCUCACCAUCCACAUGGAACAGAAACCAAGAAAUGAAAACGGUUUCGGCUUCACGAUCAUCGGAGGAUCAGACACGCAGAGACCUAUUGUUGUCACCAGUGUAACAAAAGGAAGCUCAGCUGAUUUGUGUGACCUGAAGGUCGGUGAUGAAAUCGUAGCCAUCAACGGAGAGAAGACGAAGACGUUUGAUAACGAUCAUGCCAUGUAUUGUUUCAGCUCCUCCAUACUCACCGGUGAACUAACACUGAAGAUACAUCGCUACGAAGAACCAGGCAUGAGAAAACAUGACUCCUCCACCCGACGAACCACAGAGAGUACCCGUAGUACGACCAACCAGCCAGAGGUGAUGAAGCGCCGUGCCGUCUCCCAGCCAGCGGACCCUCGAGCCCUGACCCAAGCAGCGAGGGCUAAGAAGAUCCUUCAGCAGAUGAGAGAUGAGGAGGAGAAAAUUGAAGACAUGAGACGAGAGAGAGAGGAGGAGAGAAGGAAACCGACCGUCAAUGGUAAUUCAAUAUGGAAUCACCGAGCUGAAACUCAGAAUCCUGUUAGGUCACACUAUGAUGAUCCAGAGCCUGAAGAGCAGCCAAAGAGUACGGUAUCCCCAUCAGGCCCAGCUGCCCCUGCUGAGCCUACUGCCCCUGCUAUCCCUGUCGCCCCUGCUGCCCCUAAACCAUCCUACUUUGCCCCUCAAACUCAUCCCACACACCCACAAGUGGACACUGAAACUCCACUCACUGAAGAUGAAAUCAAAACAGAAGUUAAAGAAGUCAAACCAUUUGAAAAAAAUGAAUUAUCCUUCGAUCUGGAGAGGGUAUCCCCCAAUGGGGAACAGUAUGGAAAAUCUAUCCAAGUUGGGAUCGAGAUCUUAGACGAUGAACCCAAAUCAAACAAAAUAUCCUCCGAUCGGGAUAGUGUAUCUCCCGAUGAAGGGGUUAACAUUGAGGAGUCAAAACAGGGUAUAGAUGAUAGACACCCCGAAACCUACGGCUCGCCUGUCGAUGUCGAGGUGGAACUUGUUGAAGAAACUGUUGGCAAGUCCGAGGUCCAGGUAGAACAUUCGGUAAACCUUGAUCAGUUACUGGGGAAUGACACGGCAGAGUGUGAUGGGCAAGUAAGUCCAGAACGAUCGGGGCAUGAUGGGGAAGCAGCCAAAGGUUCGUCAGUUGAGACGGACUCCCCAAACAAGUCCAGUAGGCUGGAGGGUUAUGGAGCUAUUUUGAGCGAUGGAGAGAUGUUCUCUUCAGAAGAGGAUGAGAGACCGGAGACGGACAUGAAUAGGAUGCAGAGAGCAGAUGAGGAGGCUGCACCCAGACAUAGACACAAUGAAGAGGACCCAAAAACUAAGGGUUCUAUGGAAGAGGAUCUUAUCACCCCUCAGUCAAAGCUAACAGAGGAAGCACCCAUCAGCUUCAAGCGUUUCAGCCAAGAGGAGAGUGCCCCUCCCCAAUCCCAAGGUCCCCGCCCCUUCCAGCAUCACACCUCAGUCGACAGUAGCAAACCUCCAACGUUUCACCCCAUCAAGUUCUCGGCCCCCAAGCCGUUCUCAAACCGACUGGGUCCUGAGCCGUUUCGACCUGCUUCCUUCAAGCCGGUGGCCAUGAGAGAGAAAGGUGUCAAACAAGACAUGAUGCAACGACGGUCGGAUUUCUUCAGUAAGGCCCCGGACCCUGACCAAUUACCUCUGUUUGGUUACUCAGAUGAUGAGAAAGACCAGAAUGAUCGAAGCGGACAGUCAAGUCCAAUUACUGCUCUGAGUGCCUCGUCUGAAGAGACUGUUCCACCCCCAAUAAGCCAAGAAGCAGAAGAGUCUUCAGAGAUACCGAGACAUGAAGCCAAACAGCCAGCAUCUCUAUCAUCUCGGAAGGCAUUCAACGUGGAGGAGGAGAAGAAGAGAUUGGAGCGAUGGCAUGCUGAGCAGGAUCGGAUACGUCAGGAGCAGUACGAGCAAGAGCAGAGGAGACUCAAAGAGCAGCAGGAAAAAGAUCUGGAGAGGGCAGAAGCGGAAGAGCGUAAGAAGAAGAUGGAGGAACACCAGCGUCUCCUGGUUCCACCCCCAAUAAGCCAAGAAGCAGAAGAGUCUUCAGAGAUACCGAGACAUGAAGCCAAACAGCCAGCAUCUCUAUCAUCUCGGAAGGCAUUCAACGUGGAGGAGGAGAAGAAGAGAUUGGAGCGAUGGCAUGCUGAGCAGGAUCGGAUACGUCAGGAGCAGUACGAGCAAGAGCAGAGGAGACUCAAAGAGCAGCAGGAAAAAGAUCUGGAGAGGGCAGAAGCGGAAGAGCGUAAGAAGAAGAUGGAGGAACACCAGCGUCUCCUGGAGAAGCAAAGGCUUCUUCAAGAACAGGCUGCUGAAGAGAGGAAACGGUUGGAGGAGGAGAGGAAAGAGAGGACAAAGAAGGAGCAGGAGUUUCUGGAGCGGGCUAGACUAGAGCGGGAAGAGGCAGAAAGGGAGCGGUUAGACGACGAGGAGGAACAACGCAAGAUGGCUGCUGAAAGGAUGAAGAGAGAAGAAGAGAGGAGGAUGAAAGAGCAAGAGGACAAGAGGAGACUGGAAAAGGAGAAAAGAGCUGAGGAGGAAGAACAGCGACGACUAGAGAAAGAAGAGUGGCAGCAGCGGGAGAUUGAGCGACAGGACCAAGAAGCAGAAGCUAGGAGGCUGGAGAUCAACAGACUACAGGAGAAGGAGAAGGCUGAGAGGCUGAGACGAAAACAGGAAGAAGAAGCAAGGUUGGCAAGGGAGCACGAGCAGAAGGAAACCGAAAGGUUUGCUCGAUUGCGAGACGAAGAGAUUGAACGCAUUCGUAAAGAGGAGAGAGAGCGACUUCGCCAAGAGUGGGAGGAACUUCAGCGAGAGAAGGCGAAACAAGACGAGAGGGAGCGCCUCGAGCUGGAGAGGCUCGAUGAACUCAGAGCGGAGCAAGAAAGGCUGCGACAGGAGCGCAUCUUGAUGGAGGAGCAGCAAGAGAGAGAAAGACGCCAACUACAGAAAGAGAAGGAGCGCCUGAUGACACAGUCAGCAGCUUUCAAGCAGCCUAAGGAAAGCACAAAGCCAAUGUCCGAAGAGAUACCCUACAACAAACCAGAGAUGGAGUCACAGGUCCUAGAAAAAGAGAACAAGUUGCAGGAUUAUGACAACUCAGUGGUGGAGAAAGAGAUUAUUGUCAGUCAGGAGAACAAAGAUGUGUUCAGUGCCCCUCCUCCAAAGAACGCACCAGCGGAGAGCUUCCAAGUACCUGGACAAGCCUAUCUGUCGCAAUACAAAGAUGGCAAGAUGGGAUCCCAACACUGGCUUGUCGAAGAAGCCGAGAGACGUCGCUUAGCGGAGAAGAAUGGAACAAUGCGCCUUGAAGAGCCGGUGGAAUCCCACACUGGCCCAAUUCAAAGGAAGGACCUAGACUUGGAACCCGUCCUUGAGAAAAAGAGCCAUGCCCCAGACCAUGUAGCACCCAUACGCCGCUCGGACAAACCUGCCAUGAUCCAAGAACCAGCGAAACCUCCCAGUCGGGAGCAGCCAAAACCCCAAUCCAGGAAGGAGACCACAAAUCAGGGUUUCCGAGAGGUGGCCGUCGAUGUCCCGCCAAAUUUCCAAGGUGUCCAGCGAAGGCUGAGGGCGCCGGAGGUGGAAGCAGAGCGCAAGAAGAAGACCCAGAAUCGCCGAUCAAUGCCAGAUAUGGGAAACCGAGUUCCAGACGUGGUCAGGAGUGAAUCACACACGCCGCCACCAGUGCCCUCGGAUCGGAAUAGCGAUCGCAUGCCAGACAAUUUCUUGCAACAGCCUCAGCUUGGCCCCCCUGGUCGUAGCUCUGCCUUUCAGCAACCUAGCAAAAAGCCUGCACCCGGUCGUUCAGUCAGUGGCAAAGUCACAUGCAGCAACUGUGCCAAAACCCUAGGGCGAGGGGCCGCCAUGAUUAUUGAGUCGUUGGGCCUGCAUUACCACAUUGAGUGUUUCAGGUGCUGUGUUUGCAACAUACGUCUCGGAAACGGCAGCCAGGGAACAGAUGUCCGAAUACGAGCUUCCAAACUCCACUGCCAAAACUGCUACAGUAAUGAUGCGGGAUUCGAAUUCACCGAAGUCUGACGAGAUGUUCAUUUGACCAAAGCACAUCAAGAAUUGUUUUCACCGGUGUUAUAUUUUAACCAUCCAAAUGGUUGAAAAGCGAUUUGUUGAUGACAUGUUAAUCUUGGCUAUAGUAUUGUAGCUCUACACUUCCAAUCACCACUCUCUGCUUGCAGAGCUAGUGGCGAACUGCUACACAAGUUUUGUAAGUGUAGUAUCCAUAGGCUAAGCGAGGGGCAGAAGACAAAUUCCUGACUAUUAUUUUACGCUUCUGCUUGUUAUUUAAUCUUUUUUUUGUGCUGCUUAUCAGUUAUGUACCAACUUGGGGCUUUUGUGUUGAGCUACUUUUCCCCAUUUUUGUUUUGGUACUCAAGGAUAAAUUUACACCAAAAAAUGUGUAAUUUCGUGCGAGGAAGUGCUUUUUUGUUGGUGUUUGUCAAAAUUAUUUACUUUUCCCUUUUUUAGCAGAAAAUAUUUUUAUUAAAACAACCUAAUCUUGUAUCAUUCAAAUAUUAACAGUUUUCCACUUGCAUUUUCCAUAAUUUACCUCACUGUCAUUUUUUAGGAAAAAGGAAUAUUUGGAGGUCACAUUAUAUUGUUGUCAACCCACAGCAUUAUUUAAAAAACAUCGAUACCACAACAGGGAAUUUAAUGGUCUUUUCCAUUCGUGUACUCGUGAAUAACUUUCUAGUCAAGUUGUGUUGAUUAAACUGCUACCCUUUUAAAUUUGUUGAUAUAAAAAGUAAAUUUGCAUAAAAAUGAGGCUUAGAAAUGUAUCUAUAAUGCUGUUUGUUUUGUAGUCAUGUAAGGUUUUUUCGUUGUGGUUUAGGACUUAAAAGUGUGAUGUACAAAAUGUACUCAGGUGGUAGCGGGAAUCUGGGGGGAAAAACUCAGUUUUGAAAUGUGUAUUGAAAUGUUGUGUACAAAAUUUAAAUUUGCUUUCAUAAAGUGAGUGUGUUCAUUGCAGACCUGUAUGCUUUGUUUUUGAAAGGGCAAGGGCACCAAGGCAUAUUCUCCUUGGUAAAGGGAAAUUGUUAAUUUC